UUUUAAAAAUGUUCCAUAUUCUGAUUAUGAUGGCGGUGACAAGGAUUUAAACAUUUGUUGAAACUUAUCGAACGGUUCACUUAAAAUGAGGGCAUUUUAUUGUAUCUAAAUUAUGCUUCAGUAAAGUUGAUUUUUAAAAGACAUGCACACAAAUAUAAUUUAUAAAUCAUAUCAUUAGCUCGUUUAUGGUGUAGCAUUCAGUCAUUCUUAGAGUAUUCAGAGUUGUGCAAACUUCAUUAUCUAAUUCAAGAAGCUUUACAUUACCCCAAAAAGGAACACUUUAGCUAUUACCACUCACAGUUCCCCUAAUCCUGCUAGUCCUAAAAAACUCUAACUUACUCCUUUUCCGUAGAUUUGCCUAUUUUAAAUAUUUCAUAUAAAUGCCAUCAUACAGUAUGUGGCUUAUCCACGAACGAAGGCAAAAAUGACGAUUUAAUCAGUCUAGCAUUCUCAGAGAGGGUUAUAACGCCUAGUAGAGUGGGUCUUGGGUGCGCUCUGCAUUGUGGGUCGGCUUGGGGCAGAAAGUCAUUUAAGGGACCUCCUUCCACUUGCCGCAGCGCCUCACCCCUUCCGGCUCUAGACUACAGUUCCCAGAAAUCCUUGCGGCUCUAAUCAACUUCUGACCCGAAGCUGGCGACCUUUUCCUGUUUCUCAAGGAACUCCCUGGGGUUGGCCGGUAUCAUGGAGGAAGAUUGUCUUCAGGGUGCAGGGCCAGCGUCCUAUGGCAGUUUCACUCUGAGCCCGUGUCUGGAUCACGGAGACGCAGAGUAGCCGUUCGGAGUGGGGAGCAGGGAUGUCCCGGAACUGUGCAGCAGCAGGAACCCGAAGGACCGGGCGCCAUCUUCUCCGCGCGGUCCUACUCCGGACUGUAUUUCCCAGAGGUCCCCGCGAGUCCAAGGCAGCCGUUUCAUUUGCCUGCUGGACCCUCGGCCUCAAGGGUAGGGGAAGUGCGCGGUGAGCGGCCUGGGUCUUGCGGGCUCGGCUGGGGCCCGCAGAUAGUAGCUGUAGAUCCAGAAUGACCUCUGAUCUGCUCAGUCUGAGCCACAAGAAAGGCCUGGCGUCUCAUGAUUCCUUUCUUCUUCAGCUCUGCUGUUCUCAGAGAGUUACCCAGAGGAAGAAUGACUGUUGACCAAACCAAAUACAAGAUGGAGCCUCACUCUGUCACCCAGGCUGGAGUGCAGUGGCAUGAUCGCAGCUCACUGCAACCUCUGCCUCCCGGGUUCAAGCUAUUCUCUUGCCUCAGCCUCCUGAGUAGCUGGAAUUACAGGAGAACAGCCGCAAGGAAGACUAACCGUCUGCAGUACUGGAAGCCAUGGCUGAGGGAUCAGUGAUGUUCAGUGAUGUGUCCAUAGACUUCUCUCAGGAGGAGUGGGACUGCCUGGACCCUGUUCAGAGGGAUUUAUACAGAGAUGUGAUGUUGGAGAACUACAGCAAUCUGGUUUCAAUGGGACUUUACACUCCUAAGCCUCAAGUGAUCUCCUUAUUGGAACAAGGGAAAGAGCCCUGGAUGGUUGGCAGAGAGCUUACAAGAGGCCUGUGUUCAGAUCUGGAAUCAAUGUGUGAAACCAAGUUAUUAUCUCUAAAGAAGGAAGUUUAUGAAAUAGAAUUAUGCCAGAGGGAGAUAAUGGGACUUACAAAGCAUGGCCUUGAGUACUCCAGUUUUGGAGAUGUUUUGGAAUAUAGAAGCCGCCUUGCAAAACAACUGGGAUAUCCAAAUGGGCAUUUCAGUCAAGAAAUAUUCACUCCGGAAUACAUGCCCACAUUUAUUCAACAGACAUUCCUUACUCUCCAGCAAAUAAUGAAUAAUGAAGACAGACCCUUUGAAUGUAAGAAAUGUGGAAAGGCCUUUAGUCAGAACUCACAAUUUAUUCAACAUCAGAGAAUUCAUAUUGGUGAAAAAUCUUAUGAAUGCAAAGAGUGUGGGAAAUUCUUUAGUUGUGGUUCACAUGUUACUCGGCAUCUGAAAAUUCAUACUGGCGAAAAACCCUUUGAAUGUAAGGAGUGUGGAAAGGCCUUCAGUUGUAGCUCAUACCUUUCUCAACAUCAGAGAAUCCAUACCGGUAAGAAACCCUAUGAAUGUAAGGAAUGUGGGAAGGCCUUUAGUUAUUGCUCAAAUCUUAUUGACCAUCAGCGAAUUCACACCGGUGAAAAGCCUUAUGCAUGUAAGGUAUGUGGGAAAGCCUUUACUAAAAGCUCACAACUUUUUCAGCAUGUGCGAAUUCAUACAGGUGAGAAACCCUAUGAAUGUAAGGAAUGUGGCAAAGCCUUUACCCAGAGCUCAAAGCUUGUUCAACAUCAGAGAAUUCAUACUGGUGAGAAACCCUAUGAGUGCAAGGAAUGUGGCAAAGCCUUUAGUAGUGGCUCAGCACUUACUAAUCAUCAGAGAAUUCACACUGGUGAGAAACCCUAUGAUUGUAAGGAAUGCGGAAAGGCUUUUACUCAGAGCUCACAGCUUCGUCAACAUCAGAGAAUUCACGCUGGUGAGAAACCCUUUGAAUGUCUUGAAUGUGGGAAGGCCUUUACUCAGAACUCACAACUUUUCCAGCAUCAGAGAAUUCAUACGGAUGAAAAGCCAUAUGAAUGUAAUGAAUGCGGAAAGGCCUUUAAUAAAUGCUCAAACCUUACUCGACAUCUGAGAAUUCACACUGGUGAAAAGCCCUAUAACUGUAAGGAAUGUGGGAAGGCAUUUAGUAGUGGCUCAGAUCUCAUUCGUCAUCAGGGAAUUCAUACUAAUGAAUAAUAAAAAUUAAAGCCCCUGUCACCCUUCCCGCAUUUUUUUUUUUUUUUU